CCCUCUAAGUACCGCGACUAAAGUGUGCCAGGCUCGUCUCAGUCCUUGAAAGUGGGCAUUGGCGGACACGGCUCAACCCGCCUCAACCCGUUCCUCCUUUGACCCUUUCCUCCAGCCCAUCUUCGGGCAACUGGCUCGACCCUGUGCAACUAGUGGCUGGCUGGUCUGACUAGUCAGGCCAGCCCCUCGACCCCUGGGGUAGCGUUUGACCCAUAGGUCAGCAGAGGAGGAUCGCUGUGCUGGACUGGGCUCACCCACCCCCAGCCUGCUCAAGCUCCGCUCAAGCUCCGCUCAAGGCUCGUUCAUAGUAGGGUUUGAGCCGAGUAUGGCCCCUACGGGCCAUGGCCACACCCUCGGCCACGGCCACGAAAUGAACGGACUAAAGAAUGCUCAAAUGGGUCAAUCGGGGAGCGGAAGUGGCGGUGGGGGUGGGGGUACGCCCCUGGAGGAGCUUCAAGCUAACCAUGAGCUCUUUCUUCAGGCCUUCGAAAAACCCACUCAAAUCUAUCGGUACCUCCGGACGAGGAACAUUUUGUCGCCCAUCUUCUUAAACCGAACUCUAACUUUCAUGAAAGGUCGUCAGUCACGCUCGAAUGGAUCGCGGAAACACUUCAAAGUGGACACUUUGUUGGAGCGGAAAAUGAAAACCACUCAAAAUGCCACCGAGCCCAAAGCCUUCAUGACCCUCACCUUCCUGGGAUUCUACGAUAAAAGAAGAGAAAGGCCCAUGGAGCGUGUGGGCGUGGAGUUGAUUCUGCUCAAAAUGGCACACAAAAAGCGGAAAGAGUCUGCAUCGCCUGUGGUUGAAGUGUCUCUUGGCACGAGUGAAAUCCCGGUGAAUCCCUCCGAGGACCACCCUCCUAGCAAAGCGCCCGCUCUCUCCAUUCCCUCCGAAUCCUUUAGUCUCUUUAAUGGCCAUCAAACCAAAUCGUACUCGUUGCUUGUCCGGGUUCACCAGUCACCAUUCACACAGAUGACGAACAAUGGCUCAAACCAAAAUGGAGAGGAGAAUCUUGAACCCUCGUGUAAGCGGAGGAAACUGUUACGGGGCUCCACAGAUUCAGGAAAGAUCUUGUACUCAGAGUUAGUUGUAUACGACAAACAUUCCCGAUGCUUGCUAACCGAAGGCGAAUAUGAAGUGAUUCUCUCAGAAACGGAUUCUGCCUCUGAAAACAUUUCCCCCAAGAAGAACAAUUCGUCUUGGGAAACGAUUGGCAUGGACAAAAAGGACCGAGUGAUUGCGCAUCAAUUUGAAGCCUUUACCUAUUCUCCCACCAUCAAAUUUCGGCUCUCUUGGAGUUGUGAACCUGCUGGUUCAAUGGUCGAAAGACCGAGACCUCUAAUGCCCAGAGAUAACACAUCUGAUCUCGCAUCGAUUAGAUCUAAAGAUCGUACACGCACCAACCGUGGACCCAGACAAACACAUAAACGCACCCCAUUGGAAAAACCACCUCGCAUUGUUUAUCAGUUCUUGUACAACAACAAUUCACGUCAACAAACCGAAGCCCGAGAAGAUCUCCAUUGUCCUUGGUGCUCUCUGAAUUGUUUGGAAUUAUACGCUCUCCUCAAGCAUCUCAAGCUUUCCCAUCCAAGGUUUUUAUUCACCUACGUGCCAAUUGAGGAAGGAGCAAGGAUCGACGUGUCUGUGAGCGAGCUCUACGAUUCCACGUAUGUGGGUAAUCCACAUGAUCUGAUCACGCAACCGCCGGGAUUCGCUUUCUCGAGAUAUGGGCCGGUUCAGAGGACUUCCAUCACCAACGUGAUUGUAUGUAAGCCCAAGAGAUCGAAUACAAGUCUCUCGGAGUUCCUGGAAAUUGAUGGAGAAAACGGACCGUACGAUGGCCAAAGACCCUUUGUCACUGGUCACAAUAGGUUAUAUCAUUACUCAACAUCAAAUCUACCCAUGCCCCCGCAUGCUAUUUUAACGGAUUCGACCGAAGACCGAGUUGACCCACCUUGGUUGAUGACCAAAAUUUGCCGCAUGAUCGACGAGUUCUCGGAUGUCAAUGAUGGAGAAAAGGACUUCAUGAAACUGUGGAAUCUUCAUAUACAACAUUACAC